AUGUCAUAUUCUGUACGAAGUAGCAAAACAUCUAUGAAUUUAUAUUCUACAAUAAAUCAUUCAACAAAUAAUUAUAAUAUAAAUGGAAGUAUAUGUAAAGUUUGUAGUAAAACUUAUAAAGAGCCUGUAACACUUCCAUGUGGUCAUUCAUUAUGUGAUGGUUGUUGUAAACAACUUUUAUAUACUUUAAAAAAUUCUAUUAUAACAAUGCCAAUAGAAUCGCAACAUAGACCUAAAAUAAGAAUGGGUCUUGGAACAUAUAGUAAAGUUAAUACAUUAAAAUCAGUUGGAAUAACUAUUAAUGAAAAUAAUAUAGAUGAUAAGAUACAAAAUAAUAUGGUAACAAGAAUAACAAAAAAUGAUUUUACAAGUCCACCAUGUCCUACAUGUGGUGUUAAACCAUCACUUAUACCACCAUAUAAAAAUUUAGCAUUAACAACACUUAUUAAUGAAAUAGAAAUACUUAAAAAUAUUAAUAAACAAUUUAAAAAUAUUAUGAAAAAUAAAUCAUUAGAAUAUGGAGAUGAAAAUAUUUAUAAAUCAAUAAGUCCAACACCAUCUUCAUCUUCUAGUGGAUAUGGACAUAGUGAAGAUGACUAUUACAAAUAUUGUAGAAUUACAAAAAAUUCAAGUAAAGAUAAAUUUAACUUACCUGAAUCAUACCGUAUAAAAGAAUGUAAAAUAUUAAUUGUUGGUGGAGAAAAAGUAGGAAAAUCAACAUUAAUAAAAACUCAACUUCUUAAUGAUGCAUUUUUUGGAAAUGAAGAUGAUGUUGAUUAUACUUUAUCAUCAUAUAUAAAAACAAAAGAAUUAAAUUAUAAAAAUAAAAAAGAUAAAAAAGAAAAUGAUGUAUUAAAAAAUAUGUAUAUGCUUCAAUUAGAUGAAUGUAAUAAUUUUGAUAUGGAUUUAAAUAAAAUUGAUGGUAUUGCACUUGUUUAUAGUGUUACUGAUAGAUUUUCACUUGUUGAGGUAACACAUUUUUAUUAUAUGCUUCAAGAGACAAAUUAUGAUAAUAUUCCUUUAUGUUUAAUAGGACUUAAAUCUGAUGUUAUUGGAAGUAGGAGAAAAAUUUCAUACAAUGAAGGUUUUAGAAGAUCAAAAGAAUUAAAAUGUCAAUUUUAUGAAAUAAGUGGAAGAUACAAUAAAGGUGUCAAUGAAGCAUUUGAAGCAGAAGAAAAUAAAGCUUACUAUAAAUUUAAUACAAAAACGACCAAUUCAUUGUAUCAUAAAGCAGCUAUUAGUAUAUUAAUUAAGUCGCGAGCAAAUCAAUUACUAAAAGAACUUCCAAUAAAUAAUAAAUUAGAUUAUAAAAUAUGUAUUAAAAAUGCCAAAAAAUUAAAUAUAUUAGCAAAAUGUAUUAUUCCUUUAUAUGAUAUAAGAAGAAAAUUAAUAAAAGAAGGUAUAUUUGAUUUAAAAUAUUAUAUGGAAAAACCAUUAAUAAGAAAAAAAGAUGAAAAAAAAAUAUCAUCUUUAAAAAUGAAAUACAAUACAUCAUCAAUUAAUUUAACUUUAUCAAAUAUUGAAACAUUGUUUGAUUCAAAAAAUGUGAACGUUUUAAUUACUAAAAAAGAUCAAGUACCAAAAUCAUAUAAAAAAUCAAUCAGUAAAAAAAAAUUUCAUGUAAUUAAAAGAAAAAGAAAAUUUAUACAUAAAAAAUCAACAGAAAAAAAAGAAGAAAAUAAAAAUUACCAAAAUGUUAAUCUUAAUUUUUUUAGAAAGCAUCGUAUUAGACGAAAAAGAGGUAUUGACAAUUCAAAUUUAUUUGAUGCUGAAAUAAAUAUAAAAAAAAUUAUAGAACAAAGAAAAUUAGAGGAAGAAAAUCAAAAAAUUAAUAAAUUACCUUUAAAUUUAAAAAAUUUAAAGAGAUUAGAACGUUAUCAGUGGAUGUCACAACAAAUUAAAAAAUAUGUUGAUAAUGUUAAUAAACAUAAUGAAGAUACAUUGUCACAAUUUAAUAAUCCUCUUAUUUAUCGUUCUACAGACUACUAUUCUCCUACAAAUGAAAAUAAUAUUUUUACAAUAUUAGAAAAAUUAACUUCAACUCUUGAAGAUGUGAUUUUAAAAAAUUAUAAAAUUUCUUUUUUUUCACCAAAUUUAUUUAAUAUUUUUCCAUCUUGUUCUCAAAGUAAUUGUAACAAAAAACGAAAAUUAUUUUCACCAACUUUAUUUAGUUUUCAUAACGAUGAUGGUUUUUUAUCUUUACCAAAACUUCUUAAAAAUAUACUUUAUAAUAGUGAAGAAGAAAACAAUUGGUUAAAUUUUAUUUUUGAUAUUACAGGUGCAAAAAAAGUAUUAGAUAAUGCUAUGAAUUUUCUAGGUCCAAUUAUUGAUGAAAUGGAAACAAAAAUAUAUCCUGCUUUUCAUGAAUUUGAAAAAAUAGAAAAUCAAUAUAAUAAGAUAUUAGAAAUGUAUGAUGACAAACAAUUAGAAGAAAUUGAAAAAAAUGGUUACACAUUUUUGUAUGAAGAUCAAUUAAAAAUGAUGUAUAAUAAUUCAAAAAAUGAUAAAUUAAAUUUUUCUAUUGAUGAAUUAAAAAAUAUAACAAGAUUAGAACUUGAAGAAAGAAUAGAAAAUGAUAUAAGACAAUUAGCUAUGAUAAAAAAAGAUGAGGAAAAAAAAGAUGAAUAUAUUGAUAAAUAUAAUGAAAUUAUUAGAAUUAAUAAACAUAAAAGACCAUGGUUUAGAAAAAAAAGAGGAAUAAUUAAAAAUAAAAAACGUAAUUUAAAAAAAAAAGCAAAAAAAAAUGUAGAAGAACAAAAUGAAGAUCCUGCUGCUGAGGACGCAGAGGAUCAUGAAAUUUUUAAUACACUUCAACCAUUUGCCUUUUUUAAUCGUAUAGGUGAACCUGUUAUCCUUGAAAUUCAAACACUUUCACCACAUGCAUUUAUUAAUGAGUUUUUGUCACCAGAAAUAAUUGUUGCAACCACCUUAUCUCCACGUGCUUUUAUUGCAACAAUCUUAACUCCGAAUAUUUUAGUAGCUAGAAUACUCCAACCUGGUGCUUUUAGAUUGGAAAUUAUUUCUCCUAGGAUACUUACAGCAUGGGUAUUAUCACCUGAAAUAUUUCUUGUUGAAGUCCUAUCACCACAUAUAAUUGAUCCAAAAGUUUUAUCACCCGAGUAUCUUAAAAUAGUUGUUUUAUCACCAACACUUGUUUCACCACGUGUUUUAUCACAAGAAGGUUUAGCAGUUCUUGUAUUAUCACCAAACAUUCUAUCACCAAAUAUAUACUCUCGAGAAAGUUUAGUUGUUGAGGUACUAUCACCACAUUUACUCGGUGGACAAGAAAUAACAGAAUCAGGAGAGUCUUCUGAAGGUGAAAUUGGUGGUGAACAUAAUUCGAAGCAUAAAGAAGGUCAUGAACAUCAUUCUGAAUUUCAUCCUGUUCAUAUUCACACAUAUCCAUUUACACAUCUUCAAAUUCCCCAUACAAUUCAUGUUGGUGAUUAA